AUGAAUAUUGGCACAGAAAGCACAAACUCACCAGAAAGGAUUGAUAUUCCAGGAUCUUUUGCAGAAACUUCUUCAAUCCCUUCAGCUACUUCUCAGCUUGAAGCCCUUGUGGCGCCAAUUACAGAUUCUUUUAAAACACCUGAAAAGAUUAGUAGCGAGGUUGGAUGUAUAUCUACGCUACUCAGGUGUACACCUGAACCAGAACCUGGAUGUUCACAAAUUUUAUCCGCUGUUGAGCCGGAUAUCUAUACCACAUCCUUCCCACCAAUGACCAUUUGUAAACAGAAACUACAUAAAUCUGAAAUAUUAACGAGUACGCCGAUCAAGGAAGAGCCAAAGCAGAAAUUUGCGAAAAAUAAAGUUUUCUAA